UCUCACUUUUAAACAGCCCCGGAGCUGCGCCCCGUUAGAGAUUAGAGCAAACAGUUUACUCCAUGUGUAGCGGGGAUCAUCCAAGGUAAACCACGCCGCGCGGUUGCACCCGCUGGGGUGUGCAUUUCAGCCUUUUCUCCAGAGAUCCUCGACUAAAUAUGACAGUCUGUGGCCUCAUCACGAAGUCUCGGGAGCCAGUGCCCUUGCAAAGCAUCUCCGUGGAUGUGGCGGUCCAAGGUUUUGUGGCUGAUGUGGUGUCUGAGCUUCGAUACAAGAAUGAAGAAAAGGCCGCAGUGGAAGUUACCUUUGUUUUCCCUCUGGAUGAUGAAGCUGCUGUCUAUGCCUUUGAGGGCCUGAUCGGUGGGACACGGAUUGAGGCCCAAAUCCGAGAGAAGAAACAGGCACAGCAGGAAUACGAGGAUGCCCUGAGCGAAGGACGGGGAGCCUUCCUGCUUGAGAGGGAGACAAACACCAGUGACAUUUUCACCUGCAGCCUGGGCAACCUUCCUCCCGAUGGGGAGGCCACGCUGAAGCUGCGCUAUGUCCAGGCAUUGGCUCCCGAGCCUGAUGGGGCCGUCCGCUUUGUCCUGCCUGCUGUGCUGAACCCGCGCUACACACCCCAGGGGUCAGAAGGGGACACCGUCACCAAGGGCAUACCCCGAGUGCCCAGGGGAGAGCUUCCGUAUACGCUCAGCCUCAGCGCCACACUGGAGUCCUCCAACGGCAUCAACCGGGUGGAAUCCAAAUGCACCCUUGUGCCCCUUCGCUUCACAGCAGAAGACCGUACUGCUGCCCAGAUCUCCUUGUCUGAAGGGCACCAGUUUGACCGAGAUGUGGAGCUGUUGAUUUAUUAUGAGGAAGUUCACAAGCCCAGUGCAGUCCUCGAGGCUGGGAAGCCUGGAGCUGCACCAGGCUCCCUGAUGGGGGACCCAGCACUUCUGGUCACCAUGUACCCCAGCUUGCGCUGUGCCUCCAAACCAGGCCUGAAUGCCACCGGGGAGUUCAUCUUCCUGUUGAAUCGGUCUGGCAGCAUGGGUUGCAGCACUGAUUCCAGCAGCUCUGAUGCACCACCACGUAUUCAGAGCGCCAAGGAGACCCUGAUUCUGCUGCUAAAGAGCCUCCCCCUGGGCUGCUACUUCAACAUUUACGGCUUUGGAUCCACCUAUGACUCGUUCUAUCCGCAGAGCGUAGAAUACACCCAGCAGACCAUGUCGGAAUCUCUCCAGCGUGUGAAAGACCUACAGGCUGACUUGGGGGGCAUUUAGAUUCUACAACCACUGAAGGCCAUUUACAGCCAGGCUUAUCGAGAAGGACAUCCACGCCAGCUAUUUGUGUUCACAGAUGGAGAAGUAUCUAACACUGAUAAGGUCACUGAAGAAGUACGAUGUCACAGCAGCUCCCACAGGUGCUUCUCCUUUGGCAUUGGCGAAGGGGCCUCCACAGCCCUCAUCAAAGGCAUCGCUCGAGCAGCCGGGGGCAGUGCAGAAUUCAUCACGGGCAAGGAACGCAUGCAGGCCAAGGCACUGCAAUCUUUGAAGAAGGCCCUGCAGCCAUCAGCAACAGGGAUCUCACUCCAUUGGGAUUUGCCUUCCAGUCUUAAGGCCAUCCUUGUGGGGCCCAGCCCCAAGGUCAUCUUCGAAGGACAGCGCAGCCUCAUUUAUGCCCAGAUCCGUGGGCAGCAUCAGUUUCUCAAGUGCCUAAGAGAGGGUUGUUGUGCUCUGGAGGCCUCAGGUGCCUCGGAGGGGGCUGUUGUGCUCCAGUACAUCUUCCAAGACCAGACCUUCACGGAGACGAUGAAGUUCCCUCUCCAAGCUCAGGAGAGUGACAGGCUCCCUGUGCAUCGACUGGCGGCUCAAGCCCUGUUGCAGGAGCUGGAGGGUACUGGAGAGAAGGAUGAAGAAAAGUGGCGCCAGGCUCUGGAGACGAGCCUGAGCUCCGGGGUGGUGUGUUCACAGACAGCCUAUGUGGGGGUGAACACAGCGCUGGGCCAGCCAGUGCAAGGCCCCCUUAUCCACCGAGAUGUCCCCCAUGCACACUAUGGUGCAGCAAUGCCACAACUUAAGAUGCGAUGCAGACGUCAAGUCAAAUGCAUGAUGGCAGUGACAGAACGAAAAGGAAGACUGCCUCCUGCAAAUUGUUCUUUGCGUAAUUUAUCAGGAGAAGUGCCUACCCUGAAGAAAGAGGAACCCCUUCUCUUGAGGCUGGUCUCUCUGCAGAAUGCUGAUGGCUCCUGGGCCCUCGAUUCUGGCCUGGCCGAUCUUCUGGGCCUGAGUGAGGCCCAGAUCUCUAGUAAGACACCUGACCAGGUGACCCCCAACGUGUGGGCAACCGUGCUGGCCAUCCUCUGGCUGCACUCCAAGGCUGUAGAGCAGAGUGAUGAGUGGCAGCUCCUGGAAGCGAAAGCGCUCAAGUGGCUUCAGGGAAACACAGGGUCUCAGCUAGCAGACUGUGUGAAGACUGGCAAUGCCGUGCUGGGCAGCAGUGUGAGCCCCCAGACUUUUGGUCUCUGAGCUCCUCUCUGUUCCUUGUGCCUUGAACUGGAGCUCCUGCUUCCCUGUCUCUUUUCAUAUAACCAGCUGCUUUUAUGAGGGCUUGACUGAAUUCCUUGGAUGGUACUCAUUCUCGUGCCUGAGAGUCUUCCUCUCCACUAGGCUGGGGCUCUCCCAUGCAUGGAUGCUGCUGCUCCUUCCCCAGCCAUGAUGUGCCUUAUGAUCCCGAGUCCUCUUUCCCCAGCACUCUCUGUGUAAACCUGCUACAUAGCAGGCUUAGUAAUCAAACUCUGCACUUUGUAAGCUCUCCAGCAGAAAAUGCUUAGCAUUGGUGCAAUACUGGGAACAAAUCUUAAGCAAGUUAUAAAGCUGCUCUUCUGCGUACCAAAGAAUAGACCACAUAAUGUGGCAAAUGGCUCCGAGAAAAAUAAAAUGGAAAAUUCACCUCU